AUGCAAUUUAAGAAAGUCGCCUUAGCAGCAUCUGCAGCUGUCUCCACUGUUUCUGCCUCCGGUUACACCCCAGGUAACCCAUGGAACACUUUAACCCCAAAUGCCACCUAUUCAUGUGGUGUCUCUCAGUACACUUCCACUUUCGGUAUUGCCAUCCAAACUAUUGGUAGUUCUUUAGCCAAGAGAGCUGCUAUUUCUCAAAUUGGUGAUGGCCAAAUUCAAGGCGCUGUCGCCACCUCUACCGUCGCUGCUGCUUCUCAAAUCACUGACGGUCAAGUCGAAGCUACUGCCUCCUCCAAAGCUAAGACCACUUUGGCUCCAUCUUCUUCUCCUUCUGAGAGCUCUUCUUCUGCCUCCAAAAGCUCUUCUUCUGCUUCUACCUGCGCUACCGCUUCUUUCGCCCCAUCAGAUGUUUCUUGUUCCAACUCUGGUACUCUCUCUCUAUCCUUAAACGACGGUAUCUUAACCGAUGAAAAUGGUAGAAUUGGUUCUAUCGUUGCUAACAGACAAUUCCAAUUCGAUGGUCCACCACCACAAGCCGGUGCUAUCUACGCUGCAGGUUGGUCCAUUACUCCAGAUGGUAACUUAGCCCUCGGUGACAACGACGUCUUUUAUGAAUGUUUAUCCGGUAACUUCUACAACUUAUACGAUGAAAGUAUUGGCGCUCAAUGUUCCCCAAUCCAUCUAGAAAUUGUUGGUUUAGUCGACUGUUAA